AUAAUAAUAAUGAUAAAUAAUAAUGCGUUUAAUUUGUGCCGCACUUUUCAUUCAUGGUUUAACUUAAAGUGCUACAGUAUUAAUAACAUAGUUACACUUCAUGCACAGCCUGAAUGACAAAGAAGAGGUUAAAGCCACAGCAUAUGUUGUUUAGCUGCUCUUGGUGCAGUGCAGACGGGGUUUUUUUGUUUGCUGGAAGUGUAAAUUUUGGGGUUGUUUUGCAAUAUUUGUGAAUAUUGGAUCGACUUCCAUUCUAGCGGCUCCGUGCCGUUAUGGCGCCUCCUGCUUCAGCCGCUCUCUCCGGCUCUGAGCCCACCGGGGAUCAACCCAGACAAGACCGGACACCUUUUUAGUCACAGUGAAACCGGAGAAUGGGACCACUGUGGCGCAACCGAGCUGGGAAUAAGGAGUUAUUUAUUGAAAGAGGGGGAGAAAAAAGCGCGCCGGACUCUCUCUUUCUCUCCCCCCCCCCUCCCUCUCUCUUUCUCUCUGUCUCUCUGUGUGUGACCCCGUUUCUGAAGUCCCUUGUUGCGGUUCGCCCGGUCGAAGACAAUUGAAAGCAAUCAGGAUCCAGUUGCUGUCUGGCUGCACGGUGCAGCAGCAGCAGCAGCAGCAGCAGCAUGAGGCUCAUUCAUUUAAACUAAAUAUAACCCGCCUGCUCGCUGUGCAGUCUUGCCUUGUGCAUUUGUCACAGUUGUAAACCGAGAGGUCCAGUGAGGCAAAGAAGCCAUUUAUUUAUGAAUGAGUGUAAAUUUCAGAGUUUGCAUGUGUGCAUCAGCCUAUAUAUAGAUGCCUAAUCUGUCCUCCAUCCUUCCCUGCCUCUCCAGCUGUGUUUAGGUGCUCUCUCCCAGCCCCUCUCUGGAUGCAUCAGACUCCUCUGCCCCGGGGCCCUGGACCCGGUGUGUGACCCCGCCGCCCUCGCCCCGUUCCCCCUCUCUUCCCUCUCCCUCUGCCCCCAACUCUUUUCCACCUGUCCACCUCGGCGCUCCUGCUCCGGGCCCCCUGCCUCUCGGCCAGAGGGCAGAGGCAGGGGGCCAUGGCGCCAUGGUAGCCUCCGGUGGACGCAACCCCCUCGCCAUGAGCAGCGGGAUCCCUCCAGAGGGCAGGGUUCAGGGGUCGAACUUUACCCCGCAUCACUACAAGCCCUUCAGCUCGCAUGCACACUACCAGCAGGUGAUGCGUGCACUGCGUAAGCUCCAGGAGAGUGGGUUUUACUGGGGGGCUGUUGGGGGACGGGAGGCCAGCUCCUUGCUACGCUCUGAACCCCCGGGCACUUUUCUGAUCCGGGAUUCCUCCGACCACCACCACUUCUUCACCCUCUCUGUCCAGACGGUCCGUGGGCCCAAGAACCUGCGCAUCCACAGCGAGGGAGGCGGCUUCUUCUUACAGCCGGACUCCCAAAGCACCCAAGAACCCCCGCAGUUCGACUGUGUGCUGAAACUCAUUGCGCACUACAUGGGGAAAGGGCCUGAUGCUGCGAGGAACAGAGAAGGAGCGUGUGGCGGGAACUCAGAAGAAAUGAAAGCGCCCAGUGUGUAUCUGAUCCACACCGGCGGAGAGAGGAUUCCCUUGGAGUUGCGCCGACCCCUCUCAAGUUCUCUCUCGUCCCUGCAGCACAUGUGCAGGAGAACCCUGAAUAACAGAGGCUUUGGGGGGUCGGAGCGAGCCGAGCAGCUCCCGCACACACUUAGAGACUUCCUUGAGGAGUAUGAUGCCCCCAUAUGACUGACAGGAACUGCAGAGGUUCCACCACAUGGACCAGACACCCGGAGGAAGGCACAGACCAGUACUCAGCGCAUACGUGAAUAUGCCAUCAUAUACUGACCAGAGUUAGCAGUCAGAAACCAGUGAGGUCAGAAAUCAUCUGUUCCCAGAUCUGUUUCAACACUGACAGCCAUCGUCUACCUAACAGUCUCCCUCAGACCUGUUGUCUGGGGUGAGGAGUGUGAUUUGGGUAACCACGGAUACCUUGUCCGUCCUGCCUUGCAAAAAAAAACUGACCACUAGUGUGAGUGGCAGAUGAAACCAGAGGUUAAAGGUCAAUGUUUUCUAUGACUGACUUAGACGCAGAGCAGAGCCUCGUAGAAGAUUAACCCGAUUGGUCAAUAUUAACGAUGAACACACCGCUAGUGAUCCCCUGUUGGUUUAAUAUGCUUUAGCAGAAACCUCUCCUCUCCUCUGUCAGCCUGACAUUUACAACAUUUUGGAUCACUGGACGGACAGAAAGACAGAAAUGAACAGAAAAGGUGAAAGAAAAUAGUGCAACAGAGAAAAAGCAAAGUCCACAAGAGGGGCCCAAAGCAGAGAACAUACAGAAUUUGUGUGUCUGAGUGUAUGUGUGUGUGUGUGUGUGUGUGUAUUGUGGUGGUGGUGCGCACAUUUCCAUUGCUGCUGCUUCCCGCAAAUGUUGCCUCAUAGAGGGGGAGCAGGGGGGUGGUCAUGCACGCUAUCUCCACACACGCACACACGCACACACUCAGGUGCAGGCCCACAUGUAGAUUUUGUUAGUGUGGGAGGAAAAGGGGGGGAAAAACAGCAUUACAAAGCAUCUUUUCCCUCUCCACUGUUUAUGUCUUGGUUCUCCUUCAUUACCGAUUCCCUGCCUUUCCUUUUUUUCUUUUUUUUUUUUUUGUGUGUGUUUCGGAGCUGCAUGUGCGCUUUGACAGUGACAGAAAACAGGCUGCUGUUGCUGAGACAAAAGCCUUGGCAAGGGACCAAACAAAACAGUAGAACUUAUUUUUAUCCAGACUGGCUGGAAAAAUGUCAGCGACACUGUAAAGCUCCUUGGGGAAUGAUGAUGAUGAUGAUGAUCCUAGAGAUUGGUGGUGGUGGUGGAGGUAGGGGGAGGAGGAGAGGAGAGGAGGGUGAGAUGAGGGAGUGAACGAAGGAGAAAGAAGAGCGGGAAAUGGGAUUAGGAAAAAGGAAACUGAGGAGGACAGAGUGCUGAGGAGGGGGGCUAGUGUAGAGGAGAAGGGGGAGGAGACAUACUGGUAUACAGCUAAACAAAAACAUUGACGUGAUUGAUGUCCCAGACUUAGAGGAAGUGAUAAAGCUCAACAGGACGCGGCUCCUGUAAAUAUAAAGCUUGGUUUGCGCUCAGACAAGCCAAAAAGCUUCAUGUGAAAAAGAAAGUUUAGACCGAGUCUUAAUUCUGUCUGUUUCACCCCUCUCACGGGGGAUUUCUUCUUUACAUUAUCAUCUCAAGCUCACUUCUUUCUUUGUGGUUUGUUUAUGUAUAAGACCUUUUCCCAAACUGCUCUCCCGACUCUCUUAUUUUCACCAUUCAUGAAGGAGACAAGAGAGGAAAUGAACUGUGAUGUGAUUCUGUGGACGUAACUGCUAACUAAAGGUGUUUCUCUAGCCCCCCCUUCUACCUUCCAUCGUUACCUCUGAAACAGGAGUUUGGUUUGUCUGUCUGAAUGUCAAAAAGGGAACACAAGUCUUCCCAAAAAUCGAUUCUUUAAAGAAAAAAAAAAAGAAAGAAAAAAAAAGCCUUUUAUAAAAACAAAAUGUAAGACUCGGAUUUGAUCAAAAUGGUUUUCACUUAAACAGCGCUCCUCAUACUUACCUGUGAUCCAUAUUGGAGUGGUAGCCUUUCUCACAUUAAACAGUUUUUGUGAUCUUAUGUGACCACUUGAGGAAAGAGUGCUGAAAUAUACCAUCAUAAUACAUGUUUGUCUGUUGUUUUUUGUUUGUUUGUUUGUUUGUUUGUUUUUUUUGGUCAAAUCCCAGUCUUUAUUUUAUUUUAACCACACACAUCAUGUUUGUACAUGUGUCUCACCAGUCGACCUCACGUGUAUGUGAAUCAUUUGUCUUUUAUAAAGACUCUUGCAAAAGGCUGGCCACUAGUCUGGCAAAUACAAGCUGUAAUAUCUGAAACGACAAAGCAUUACAAAAGAAAAAUAAAUGAAAAGGAACGUUGCACAUAUUUAUAUUUCUAAGAUAUUUCAAUAAUUUAUAUUAAAGAGCACUAUUUUUACAAAAG